AGAGCGCAGCACACACACACACACACACACACAGGCUGGGAGGGCGAGGCAGAUUCCACAGUGUUUUUUACAGAAAAGUCUUUGAGUUUUUAGUUCAACUGAAGAAUCAUGGUGACAACUGAGACACACCAGAGCCAGGACCUGCUGGUCCCCCCCCAGAACCAGGACCAGGACCAAGACCAGGACCAGGACUCGCCCUCCUCCCUCCUGGCAGGGUUUGAGCCUGAGAAAAUGAGUCAGGGUCCCGUCAACGCCAUCACCGUCCUCACUCUGCUCGACAAACUGGUCAACAUGUUGGAUGCUGUUCAGGAAAACCAGCACAAGAUGGAGGGGCACCAGGUAGAGAUGGAGGGCGUGGUCAGAGGGAUCCAGGCUGAUAUGACCAAACUGUCAAAGAGUCACAGUCACACAUCAAACACCGUCAGUAAACUUCUGGACAAAAGCCGCAAGCUGUCCGUCACCAUGAAGGAGGUGCGUGACAGGAUGGAGCGUCAGGGCGUCCAAGUGAAGAAACUGGAGGCAAACCAUGCCCACCUGAUCAGCAGGAACAACUUCAAGGUUCUCAUCUUCCAGGAGGAGACAGAGAUCCCCUCCAGUGUUUUUGUGAAGGAUCCUCCACCGUUCCCUCGGGAUGAGAUUCUGGAGGAAGGUGAGGAAUCAGCACCUUGCGUCACCGAUGGCAACCAGUCUCAGGAGGGCGGGCUCCACACCAUUGACCUAUCAUCUGAUGAGGACGUCGGUCUGGAGGCAGAGCUGGAGGAUGAGGAGGCGUGGCCUCAUGACUUGGAGAACAUGGAGAAGUCCAGAGCCGAGAAACUGAAACGAUCCAGUCUUAAGAAGGUGGACAGUCUGAAGAAGGCAUUCUCCAGACAUAACAUCGAGAAGAAGAUGAACAAGAUCGGAACAAAGAUUGUUUCUGUGGAGCAACGAGAGAAAAUCAAACUGAAAACCUCCAAUCUGAAGGUUUCACCUUUGACCUUCAGCAUCCGGAAGCCUCGCAGCAGCUCUGACUCUCAGCCUCCUGAUGCCUCCGCUCAGACCGGGGAGUCUGUUACUACCGAGGCCGACGUCCAGCUUUCCCCACUGGGCAGCAGCGACCUCGAGGUCCCCUUCACUGAGGUCCAUGCCCAGGUGGCCCCAGGCGAGCCAGAGCAGGAGAAAGAGGAAGUGAUAGAUGAGGUUAAGGAAGGUGAGGAGGUGGUAGAUGAGUCGGUGGUUUCAGAGGGAGUCAGUCAGGAGUACGCUCUGUCCUCCACCCUCCCUCAGGAGGACAAAAGAGAGGAGGAAGAGGAGAAGAAGGAGGAAGAGUGCUGAACACUCGUUAAUAUUUAGUUUUGGACAAAUCCUCUUCCUGUUUUGCUGAGACACAUGUUUAAAUUGAUAGUUACAGUCCAGAAGAUGGUUAGCUUAGCAUAUGGCAAAGAGACUGCCAAUGAAAAUUAGCAUUUCAGCUAAUGAGUACAUUUGUAUGAAUGUUGAUUAAUAUACAUGACAUAAAGAGCACAAUGACUGUAAACAAAAGGAAACCACAUCAUUAUGGCUCUAAACUGGGGGAAAUAGCUGCUUAGCUUAGCAUUAAGACCAUUAACAGGAGGACUCACUCAGAGGGAAAAACAAGAAGAGGAUUUAUCAAAAGCUGAAAGUGUUUCUUUAUAUUUUAGAGCACACAUUUGUUUUGGGAUCAAUAUUUUCUUUAUUGAUGGACGUCCACACACACACGUGAUCUGAUCAUGUGAUAAUGUCAUCAAAAGUUAAGAGCGUUUGUUUCUUGGUCAGGUCCUUAAUGACGUCUGUUCUUGGACUGAAAACCUGAGAAUGAAACAGUUUAUUCUUAUUUUCUGAAACUACAUCUGACUGAUAUAAACACAAUAACUAAUAAUCAGCUGAUCAAUAACAA